GAGUGUGUGUUUAGGCAGCCCUCUAAGUCAGACAGUCAAAUACCCAGACAGUGACACCAGCAUGCUCCAGCUCAGGACCUGCCGAAAGCCUGGACCUCAAGACAACUCUGGGUGAGAGACACAGCCUGGAUUUUCAGGUCAGCUCACAUCAUCCAAAGAGCUCUUUUAUAGACGUUGUCAUCCAUUUCUGCUAACACCGCAGACAACCGCUUCCCUUUUCCUUUGGCCAGAUAUAGAAUAUAACAGCUUUUAGCUUUGCAGGUUCUGCGGCAGCCAUCAGGCCCACAGGAAGAGAAAAAAAACUAUUGCGGUAAAGAAGGAACGUUCAGAGAGCAACAGCGGGAGGCGUCCGGAGAUGAGACAAAGUAUCACUCUACUACUGAAAAACAGCUCGAAGUGAUGACAGAAAAUCUUUAGAAUUAAGGAACAAAGAUCUAGAAGGGAUGGUAUUCUGUGAGGAUCCCAUGAUUCAAUUAAGAGGGGGAAGAAUUUAAGUUGAAAUACGGAGACAUUUCAAAUUCAGUUUUCAAUUUUGUUAAUAAUGUGUGAAUAUAAAAGUGACAGCGCAAUGUUUACUCACGGAUGCUCUCAAUAAGCAAAUUUACAAUGGAGGGAGUUAAGAAAUAUUUACCAAGUAAAAAAUGCAAUGAAAGAGCAAAAUCUAGAGUACACAUAUAUGGACACAACUCUGUUCUAAAUGUACAUGCUAUACAUCAAUGUGCCAAUUUACAAUAUUGAAUUAUAACAAGGCGUUAAAAAACGUGCACUUACAGCGGAGGGGCAGUUGGGUGAUAUAAAUGAAGUAUAAUAAUCUUUUUCGCCCCAAUUGUAUCGGCCAAUUACCCCACUCUUCCGAGUUGUCCCGGUCGCUGCUCCACCACCUCUGCUGAUCCGGGGAGGGCUGCAGACUACCACAUGCCUCGUCCCAUACAUGCGGAGUCGCCAGCCGCUUUUCACCUGACAGUGAGGAGUUUCACCAGGGGGGCUUAGCAAAUGGGAGGAUCACGCUAUUCCCCCCGGUUCCCCCUCCCCCCCGAACAGGCGCCCCAACCGACCAGAGGAGGCGCUAGUGCAGCAACCAGGACACAUACUCACAUCCGGCUUCCCACCCACAGACACAGCCAAUUCGUUCUGUGCACAAGUGUAGUGACAAACUUCCGCUUUCGCCACAAGUCGGCAUACCAGUUUCCUGUUUACUUCCCGUCUCUAUCGGCAUCACCUAAAAAUGUCAAUCUUUACGAGAUGUCUCCAAGAUCUGCCUAAAAUAAACGUAAACGAUGUCCACCGUAUCGCUGAUGCCUGUCCCUCUGCUCCCAGAAGCAAGCGGGAAAAGGGAUUCAAACUGUACAUAUCGAGUUAUCUGCGCAACUACAAAGGUGGUGCUGAAAGAUUCCAGUCCCGUGGAGCUGAUGCAUCACAGCUGCACGUGUGGCUGGAACAGCAUUAUGCAACCAUUGUGUUGCUUCGCUGUUCCCGUCAGCACAUUACUCACAGCUGAAGGCGCCAGUGGUCCCCCCUGUGCUAAGCUGUACUGAGGGAGAACAGCAAUGGCACAAGCCCAGAACUUUGGGUAUAAAGCAAGGCCCUGUGGACAAGAUGGCUGUGCCGUCUGCUAAACCAAAGUGUAGAGCAACAACGGAGGGUGUAAGGAGCACACUCUACAAAGGCCUCCGUGGGGAUCUACCCGAUCUUUCCGUCCUUCGGGUGACAGAAGUGUAUAAGGAUUUCUCCGCAGCUGAGGUGCCGAGGAUCUGCAGCAUGGGCAUCAGUUGUGAAAUUCCUCUGGUUGACUCAGCCCUUGGCAAGGUUCAAGCCGGAAGUCCUUUGUCCUACCAACAACCAGCAACAACAAAGAGAGACUUGUGCUUCCAUGCUGCCCCACCACCUCCAUCUCUGCCUCUUCAGAAUUACCGCCUGCACCCAUCCAGUUGCAUGUUUGUACGUAGUGAACUACAACAACUACACCUUAAGAGUCUUGAGGUCACCUGGGACAUGGCACACAAAUUCGAAUGUGCUACCAGAGCACAAAGUUCAUGUACUGAAUGGCAUCAGCUAAGGAGGCCUAGACUGACUGCCUCACAUUUCAGGGAGAUCUGUCAAGUUAGAGUGAACUGUGAAGAAGAUCUGGCUGACCAGAUACUGCAAGGGACCCGUCAGACGGCAGCUAUGAAGAGGGGGCUCGAAAAGGAGGCAGACGCUAUCUGGGAGUAUUGCCAGACGAAGAGGGUCAACCACUACCCCUGUGGAUUUGUAAUCCACCCUGAUGCUCCUUGGCUGGGGGCAUCUCCAGAUGGGUUAAUCUUUGACCCUUCAGAGCCAUGUCCAUUUGGUCUGAUUGAGAUGAAGUGCCUGGAUGUUAAGAGCUAUGUUGACUGCCCAUAUCUCCAAAUGAAGUCAGGCAAAUUGGAGCUAAAAAAAACACAUGCUUACUACUGGCAAGUACAGGGGCAGAUGCUAAUAACUGGAAUGAAUUGGUGCGAUUUUGUAGUCUCAGCCGAAGAAGACAUACUAAUUCAAAGAAUAUACAGAGACAGUGAUGUGUUAGAGGGGAUCAGAGAGAAAGUAGACAGGUUUUAUUUCCAUGUCUACCUGCAGAAAUGCCUGUAAUGUUUCAAGAUUGAGAUAAUAGCCAAUCAAAUAUUGUAUGCGAUAUGUAAAUAUGUUAUGCAUCUUUUUAACUUUCACUGUUAAUGGCAGAUGUUUUUCAUGAUCAGUAACACUGCCCUCCCACCAAGUUAACACAAUAAAAGUGUAAACUGUCUGAGAGACUCCUGCUCUUUUUAAGUUAAGUUAACCUAAGUCUCCCAUUUUCACAAUGAUAACUGCAGAACUUAAGGGACAGUUCACCAAACUUAAUAAAAUCCCCC